UGGUGGGAUCUUUGGCGCGAUUGCAGAGAGUAUUUUUUUAGUUGUGCCUCGGCCGCAUUCUCAAACACAUCGCGUGCACUUGCUUACACAACUGAUCGCGCGGAAUUGAUUCUGUUUAAAGACAAAUCGUGUGACCCACAAAGCACAUUGAUCGCGCCUGUGCAAAAUUUACUGACACACAAUGCACACAUUUUCAAAUGGAUACAGUUCUGGUGAUGCUACUGAAAGUCAAUCAGAAGCUCAUCAGUACCUAAACAGACUUCUCAAAGAAGGUGUUAAGAAGGAAGUGGACAUUGAUGUUGAUGCAUAUGAAAUUAAAUUGCCCUCUUUCUACGAUAAAGUCAAGUAUGAGAGGGCGAGAAAAUUCUAUUUCGACAACAUUUAUGGCUUCUUCAUCUCCAACCUUACGGGCUUGGUGUCUAUUCUGGCUAUUCAGACAAUUCUCAAAGUGCUCAUUUGUACUAAACAAUCAUCAACGCCAAAAACUGCCUACAGACGUUACUUAGCCACCAUGUUCCAUGUAGUUAAUUUCUAUUCGGCAAAUCCAGAUGGAAAUUCAAAAUGCUACAAAUCAAUUGCGGCUGUGAGAAGGAAACAUAUCAAAUCGUCCAAAUUUAGUGACAAGCAUAAUGGUGGAAUGAUAACGCAAAAAGACAUGGCCAUAACUCAGUUUGGCUUCUUGGGAUUUGUCCUGGUACAGCCAAAAAUGAUGGGGAUUAGGGAAGAUGGUGAAAAUUUUGAAGCACUAGUGCAUCUCUGGCGCGUUGUAGGUUAUAUGCUGGGAAUCGAAAAUGAAUUCAAUGUUUGCACAGAUUCUCUCAGUACCACCCUACCUAGGCUACGACUGAUGGUGGCUGAGAUACUAGUUCCUUGCCUAAAAAAUCACCCACCUCACUUUCACGAGAUGGUUAAGCACAUGAUCGAAGGUCUUUGGUGUUUCAAUCCCUUCCUCACAACUCCUGCCUUCACAUAUCUCACCUUUCGCGCAGCUGGAGUUCCUGGCUACUACUUUGGCAAGGAAGAGCAAGCAUUGGAAAUUCAGCGGCUCAAAAAUACCCCUGAUCAUUGCCCUGCAGACACCGAGAAUGACGGAUUAAGUCCGACAUACAAGAAAAUGCCCUGGUGGAGUAGAUUUAUCUUAGCCUUCAUCAUCUACAUCUUAGAAACUCUGAUCUAUGGGAGUGUGAUCUUUAGAUGGAUCUUCAAUACAAACAUCACAUCAUCUUUGUUCAUUAUUAAGUGGUUCCCUUUUCUGGCAUUUCCUAAAUUUGGCAUUCGCAGUUCAUACGUACGAAUUCUAAAUGGAGAUGACUGAAUGAGAAGUGGACAAAAAAUUUUUAAUACCAGUGUAGUACCCAAAGAGUUUGUUGCAAUUUUUUUUGUAGAAUACCGAAUAUCUUGCCGUAACAACAUUGUUAGUUAUCUAGGGCUUUACAUUUUUAUACUUGAAAAAAUUACGUAUUAUGUUUAAAGAUGGUAUUAUUGAUGUUUAACCAUUAUGUAACUAAAAGGUUAUACAACUGAUUUAGUAUUAUAUUUUGCUAUUAUCGCUUUUCUCGUCCUAACGACCAAUAUCAAAUUGUGUACAAUUAUGUGGGAUUUUUAAUUCUAAUACACAUAAAAAUGCCGCAAAAUUGUUUUGUGCUUGCGAUAAAAAGGCACUGAUGAAAAUAUUUCUUAUUGCGAAUUUGCAAUAUGAUUAAAUGGUCACGAUGUUUUUCUAAUCCAUUAGGACCCUUGUAUGAUAGUCUGUCGGUUAUCUGCAACUCAAAUCUCAUAGACGUUUUUAAUAAUUUAAUUUAAGUUUUUUAGGCGUGUCAAAUAUUUUAGCAGAUUUGGCAAGUCGAAAGUCUUAUCUAACAUAUUUCAUUGAGUUCAGUAAAGAUCAACAGGCAUUUCAUAGAUACAAAUGUUCAUAAUUGGUUCCAAUAAGAACAGAUAAUUUAUUUUUAUUAUGAAUUAAAUUUUAUUAUUCCAAAGCUAAAGCUACUUUGGGCGAUCUUCUAAGUGAUUUUUAAAUCGGUUUAAACCGGCGAUAAACUGAUAAAUAUUAAAAUAUGCUGUUGGUGGAAAAUGCUUUGGGAAAUGCUCGAACUCGUGAACAUGAAGCUCGUCUAACCAUCGUGUUACUUUUCCUCAUUAAAAUUUUAACGUGAUUCAAAUUAAUUGUCGAUAAUGAUGGUUUAAAAUGUGAGAUUUGUGUUUUAUAAUAACUAGAAUUUGAUCUACAUAUCAAUAAAAAAUUAGACGUAGUCCGCAAAAAUCGGUCUCAAUUGACUUAAAGCAUAAAUAUUUUAUUAAAAUUAAAAAAUUAAUGAGAAUUGCAUAAAUUUUUCAUAUUUUUGUUAUAAGUCAAUUUUAACCAAUUUUUGCGAACCAAGUUUUCCUAUGAAGAAAUAGAUCGAAGUUUGAAUAUUAAUUAUUCAAAGAAACGAUUCGCACAUUUGAAAGCGCUCAUUAGCGAUAAAAUUAAUGUGAAUUUCAUGAAAAUUUUUAUGAGCAACUGUGAUAACAUUGUUGAAAAUUGAUAUCAGAACAAGUCUUUAUUGAGAAUUAUUUCGAAAAUAAUUCAGCUUCUAGUGUUUUUAAUUUAAUUAUUAUGAGACCGAGUCAUAUACCCAGGAAGCCAAUUUCACGAUUUUUACUGCUCGAACUCCACAGAGAGAACAGUAAUCCUUCGAUUUUGAGUUACAUAAAAUAUUUCGAUUCCUAACUCCCAAGGGUUUGGUAGAAUUUUGGAAAUCUGAAGUUUCGAGUUUUUUUUACGUUACGCAGUUUGGCCGUUUGCCCGUCCGGCCGUUACCACGCCGAGAGCCCAAAAGGUUAGAGAUAGCGAGUUAGAACUAAAAUCCAUGAUGACACCAUGAGCCGCCGGCUAAAUUAUACGCAUGAUAGAGUUCUUAAUUCUAGCAACUCCGAGAGUGUUCGAUUGAAGUGAAAAAUACAAUUGGUUAAGGUCGUGUAGUAAGUCAAGCAGAGGUAUCCAGUUCGAUCAUGGGUGGAGGCAGGAUUUUUUUUCUUAUUUUUACUCCAGAGAAGACUGAAUGAUCUGAGUGUCACUUGCUCUAAUUGAUGAUCCUCGGUACAUAAAUACAAUUAAUAUUGAACAAAAAGCUCGCAAAAUUCUCAUGAGACUUAGGGCCUUGAUAGACUUGAAGAUUAGCUGAGAGACGGCUUAGCGUAAUUAUAUUUGAAAUAAUGGUUAAACCACAUACUACACUGAGAAAAAAAGGGGAUGCGAUUAACUUUUUUUCCUCAGAACUAUAACACUUUUUAGGUGUAAAAAUAUAUCAGUUUUUUUUAAUGUUAAUUUUACACCUUUUUAACUCUUUCCGGACCACAACAUAUCCAGCGAACGAAUUUCAGUCAAACUCACUUUAUUGUAAGUCUUAGUGGUCAAAUAUGAUACUUUUGUAGAGAAAGAAUUUUCUCCGCCUCUGGGAAAUUGGAAAACUCAUGGGAACUCUCGUCCCCUACAGAACGCAAAAGAUAGAAACUUGGACAAACUUCAAUUUUCCAAAAGCCAAUAAUAUCAAUUUUGUGAAUUAUUUUUGCAUGUCAAAUGACUCCUUUACAAUGUUGAUCACUAAAACAAGAAGAAUUAUUGACCAGUAUCUUCUGUGAUGUCCAGGAAGUGCUAAAAAGGACACCCAGCUCCUGCUUGCCAACAGAUUCCUCAAAAUAUUUCACAGAAUAGCACUUUAACACACAUUUCUCUCAACAGGAUGUUAUUGCAGACACAUUAAGCUUUCUCAAGAGCCAAAAAAACACUUCCUGGACAAUCAGAAUUCACUAAAAUCUGGAAGAAUAGGAAAAACUUCCCCGAAAGCAAUCUCUUUCGCUGCCAAAUGUCAAAAUUAUCGGCCAUAUUGACAAAAAUUUCGCUCCCGCUUGAAUUUUCUUACAAGGUUGGUGUCAAAAAGCAAAUGGCGGGCACUGGCGGGAUAACCUUACAUUUGACCUCAAGAUUUUUGGGGACGAGAGUACCCAUCAACUUUGAACAAGUUUUUUGAAAAUUUAUGAAAAAAUUGUUUUUCGAAUUUAUGUAAUCUGUAAUUGAUAGUUAUCAUACUUAUUGGCCCCGAGAGGUUUUUCCUUAUUCGGGUCUAGAAAUAUGAAAAAAGUCACAAUAUGUGCAAGGAAGCAGAAAAUCGAAAAUUCACGAUUUUUGACCAAGAAUAUCUUAGCUCAGGAGUUAAUUGGGAUGCUGCAAAAAAUAUCCUAGAUUUGGACAUCCUUAUAGUUUGUAAUCAUCCACAAGAAUCGGAAUUUUAUCGAUUCUAAAUAGUCUAAAAAAAUUAUUUUUUCCAUGGGUACCCAGAGUCCCAAAGGAGACGAAAGAGUUAAGGGCAAAAAUUAACAUGAAAAAGGGUAACUUUAACCCCUAAUACACCUAAAAAGGGUAAUAUUUACACCGAUUUUGGAUCAAUACUGCAGGGUAAAAUUAUCAUUUCAGAAAUGUUAUUUUAACUUUUUCGGAUGUCUUUCAGUGUAUCAUUUUCCACUGAGCCGUCUCUCGGCUUAAGUCGUAAGUGUAAUAAGGCCCAUAGGACCUUCGGGAGACUCCCAAUGAAGUCGACCCUAGGACCAUUAACCUGCCUCUCAUUUCCCCCCUGCCCACCCGAACCCCUCCAAAACCGUGUAAUUUUUGGGAUUGUUCGAAAAUGUGUCGAGUGAUUUUUCCAUCUUUCGAUACAUUUUAGAGAUUUCCCAGGUGGACAUUUCGUCCAUAUACGGAAAUACUGUUGAAUAAUUCCCAUAACAGUUUUUCAAGGUAAAAAGCUUAAAAGACUCUAGAGAGCUCAUUUCUCAAUCAGAUUCCACGUUUGAGCUCGUUAGAAAGGUAUUAGAGUUUCUGAAAAGCCUGGACCGAAAACCGAUAACUAAUUUGUAUUCGAAAUUCAAUUAUAUUAUUUUUUUGGGCAAUGUUUUGAAUAAUUUUUAUGAAUCGGUUCAAAUCGAUUACCAACAGGUAAAUGGUGAAUAAUGCGAAAGCAAUAUUAAGGUAUAUCAUCUAAGUCACGAGUUCGAGCACUUCGCAAGGCCUGGAACACUUUGCCACCCCUUUUUAUCAAAAAUAUCGUAGCUAAGAACUUAAUCGAGGUCCUACAAAAAAAAUCCUGCUUUUGGACAUCCUUAAAGUUUGUAAUCGUUCAUAAGGAUCGGAUUUAUAUUGAUUCUAAAUAGUCAAAAAAAUUGUUUUUCGCAGGAUAUCCCUAAUUUUCAUUGGGUAAUCCGAGGCCCAAAAAAGACGAAAGAGUUAAGUACUCGGGAUCUGUCGUUCCGCAGAUCAUUCAUCCACAGAGUCGCACAUCGUGCUUGUGAAGUCUCCUAAAGGGAUCAACCCUCAAUAUCGAGAUGCUCAUUUUAGUUGUCUGUGAGCCAGUGGCCUUUCGGGGAAGGAUGAUUAAUCUAUCCAAUGAUCCAAUAUGAAGUGGUACAUUUGGGUUGAUAACUUCUGUAUUAGCUGAAGUUGGACUGAUAAACUUUAUUAAUAAAAAUAAAUAACGCGAAAAUAUUGCAAAGAGGACAUAUUUUUCUUUUUCUUUUACUUCAAAACAAAAAAAAAAUACGUAAAGGUUCAAGCAAUCACUUCGAGCUUAGCCAUGAUUGUAUGUUGAUCAUUUUUUUUUAUAUUGGGAGGGCUUUAUUACUCUUUUUAUAUCAUUUGAAUUAAAAAUGUUUGAGUUUAUAACAAGGGCAUCUUAUGAGACGGUCUUAAUGGAUUAAAUGCUACCCGAAAAGAACGCACUGUUCUUUAUCCCAGUAUUGAAAAAAAAAUUAACAACAAACUCAUAUGGUACUUUUUAACAAAAGAAAAACUCACCAAUCAUCUCUAACUUUAAUAAACUCUCAUACUCAUUCCAACAUGGGAAUUUUGUGAUAGAUGUUAUACUUUUAGAAUGGAUGGUCUAAUGGUAAAAUGUUACUUUGUCACUUUUGAAAAAUAAUAUAGUUAUGUCUUUCAUAAAAAAAACUGAUUAUAUCUCUGAUGAAUGUAAAAUAUUAUAUUUACCUUUUAGCUUUUACAAUUUGAACAGCAAA